UAAAGGGGCGGGGGGCGCCAGCGAUACAAACUUGAGGAGGCAGUUUUCUAUUUGGAAGGCAGCGCACCGUCCCGAGGUAACCAGAAUCCAACUGCACCGAGGCGCGAUCAACCCGAGCUUGGAUAAAACGUAAAGGGGAAGAACGCAAACCGGCAGUGGCAGCUAAAGAGAAGCACGGACACUAUUUGGAAUCGGGAGAGAGCGAGGUCGCGAGAUUGCAGUCAACGGGGAUAAGCUUAUUCUGUCAGUUGAACAGAUGUUGUGUUAUUUGAAUAGCACGCAGACUGGCCAUGUGAAUAGUAGCCUAUUGCAACAUUAGCCUGGACAGACAACAGAAAGAAGGCGUUGCAGUGGCGGUCGUGUGUUUAUACACACCUAUAAACGAGAAGUUGUCAACAUCCGAACAUCUGGGUCUUUGAAGCGAAGACACCUGUCCUGUAUAGAAGCGCGAACGCCUUUCACAUGAAAACCGUUCAGCUGAAAUGGUGAAGGAUCUCAGGAUACAUUUGGAAUCAUUCUUUGGACACCCUUGAAAACAGGACUACAUUUAACAAAUAGAAUAGGCUAUAAAUGGUAUCACUGUUAUUAGUAGGAAUGGACUUUGCAAGACAAGGGAUUUACUCAAUCGACUGUCUCGCUAGGUGACUCACUGUGAGAAAUAGACUCGCCAGCUGGAACCAAUAACCAACUCUACAAAGUGACACAUUUGGAUACUUGCCGGUGCUCUACAGUAGCCUACGUGCCUGUGUGUCUUUGCAGAGGGGGAUACACCGACCGGACUACGGUAGCGCGAGCUGUCCACGAGCGGGCGGCUGUCCCCGCGCGCCUGCAUAAUAAAUGCCCAUCAGCCGGUCGUGCGAGGCUCUCGAGGCUGAGCGGCAAGAUGAACCCGUGGGUCCUGCUGCUGGCGUCGCUCGCCGCGGGGUGUCUGCGGCUUGGUAGCGCUGAGGGAGAUCCUCUCCCACCAUCAUUAGUAGAGCUGGUGAGAACCAGUCCUAUCUCUUCUAUAGAGGACCUGCAACAGCUGCUGGAGCAACAGACUGACUCCCAAGAGGUGGAGCCAGAUGAACCAUCGGCCAAUGAGAUUCAUUCAAAUGACACCCAUGGAAGAUACAGGAGAAACCUAGUAGAUGCCCAGCCAGCCCAGCAGGCGGUGUGUAAGGUCAGGACAGAGGUCAUGGAGGUCACCAGAGCCAUGCUUGACCGACGCAACGCCAACUUCCUGUUGUGGCCGCCGUGUGUGGAGGUGCAGCGCUGCUCUGGCUGCUGUAACACCAGAAUGCUACAGUGCGUCCCCAUGGUUACUCAGACACGAUAUCUACAGGUAACAAGGAUCCAGUACAUCGAUAAGAGACCCCACUACGACAAGGCCGUGAUCUCAGUGGAAGACCACGCCUCCUGCCGCUGCCAGACACACCCCUCGGCCACAGCUGCAGCCAGGUCUACCUCCCUCCCCCCUCCUCCCCCCAGACUCACCCCCAAACCCCCCUCCCUCUCUAAGGAAGACCUCCAUCGCCAUGACGACAUGAAGGCCAAUCAAAGGUUCCAUGUGGAUGACAGGGGGCAGCUGGAGAGACAGUGGCAGAACAAGUACACCCUGUCACACACACAGCCACGGACACACACUCUGGAGGGGACCGGGCCUGGGAGACACACACUCGCAGGGACACACACACAGACACACCCAAUGGCAGGGGCAGGGAUGCAGGUAGGGACACACACAGGCACACACACACAGACGGGUCCCUCUUCUGAGCUCCCUAUAGGGCAUGGCAGUGGGUACGAGGGGGGGAGAGGGGAGGAGAGAGGGUCACAAACACCCCACCGCACACACACUGACACACAGCCCAACACAGGAGAGAGGCAACACAUUGACAACACAGAGAGGACACAGGAGAUAGGAAGACAGCAACAACUGCAACAGUACUACCAACAACAACAAUAUCUACAACAACAGCAACAAUAUCAACAACAACAACAACAGCAACAACAUCAGCAACAUCAACAACAACAGUACCAACCAUACAGCCAAGAGCCAGAGCUCAGGACUCAAUACAAACACAACGCUCCCCAAUCCGACAGCAGCGGACCACCUGACACAAAACAACCGGCCAAUCACAAACCAGAACUGGUCCACAGCAACACAGAACCAACCGAUGAUAAUGGCUCAAGCACAGAGGUGGCCAAUAGAGACGCACUAAAGGAUACAGAGGUCACCAGUCAGAGACAGGCAGCGACAGAAGUGACCAAUCACAGAAAGGAGGACGGUAAAGAGCGACACAGCCAGACAGAGCUGUCCAAUCAGGAACAAAGACACUCAGAGUCGACCAAUCACAAACACCGAGGCUCAGAGUUGACCAAUCAGGGUGACUCUGUCACAGAGGAGGAGAGCAGGAAGAAACUUCUAGAACUCUUACAGAGAGAACUGGGCCAGAAACAACAGCAUCAUCCUCAUUAUCCUCAUCUUCCUCAUCAAGACCAUCGUCAUCCUCACCAUCGUCAGUCUCGAACACAAACCACCACCACACAAAGACCAGUGCCCCCCACGUUGUCCUCCAGCAGGGCCCCAGGGUGGUCCCCCAGCACCCCGUCCCCUCCCCCCAAGCCCCCCCAGGGCCCGUUCAGACCGGCCCUUCCCCGCGGACGCAGGAGGAGGAAACACCGGAGCCGCAUCAGCAAGGCUGCCCUCCGAACCAUGAUCAUGUAGAGAGAGAUGGCCACUGGGUCGACUGUGUCUGCCCACCCAGGGUCGUGCUCAUUAGGCACCAAACGGAAGAAAACGGACUGAAACAGGGACACACACACAACAUGGAAUAAACCCUAAUUUCCUGUUUCAUAAAACAUUGUGUGCCUUCAUGAAUACUGAGGGAUACUGCUGGCUAUGGAACCUCAGGAUGGACACUGGAGACUGGGCAGCACUUCUGGACUCUACUGCUGGCUAUGGAACCUCAGGAUGGAGACUGGAGACUGGGCAGCACUUCUGGACUCUACUGCUGGCUAUGCUAACAGACAUUACUGCAGGCUGUGUCAAUCUUUGCACCCCAGAAUGGACUGGUGACCGCUAUGUAGCAUCUUUCUAUAAAAAAUCUGCUAGCUUUAUUUAAACCGCGAUAUCAAGACAAUAGACAAUCUCAGACAGAGACUCUCCUUAGAAAGGAGGUUGUUCUGGAUGUUUAACACUGGAAGUAGAGGGAUGUAACCUUUGAAAAAGGAGCUAAGCAAACUACAUCUCCCAUCAGCCAUUGGCUUGUAUACUUCUAGCCCCGCCUACUUUGAACACUGGCUACCGAUUGGACAGUUAAGGAGGGUGUUCGGCGGAUAUUAUUAGAUCGCUUGCUGCAACAGCCAUUGAUUGGUUGAUUUAGAUGCCAUGGAACACACCCCUCUCUACAGCUUGACUAUGAUUGGUUGCUGAGAAUAUAACUGACAUCUUAUUGGCCCAAAAUGGUGCUUGAGGCCAUCUAUUUGUAAGAGACAACGCAAAGCUUGGAUGUGGAUAUUUUCACUGGAAUGGACUGGGUUGACUAUGGAAACUGUUCUCAGAUAAACAAUGUUAUCCUACUGGUGUAUCUGGGAUAACUGUCCUGGGAAUAUGACUGGUGUAACUGGGAAUAACUGUCCUGGGAAUAUGACUGGUGUAACUGGGAUAACUGUCCUGGGAAUAUGACUGGUGUAACUGGGGAUAACUGUCCUGGGAAUAUGACUGGUGUAACUGGGAAUAACUGUCCUGGGAAUAUGACUGGUGUAACUGGGAAUAUGGCUGGUGUAACUGGGAAUAUGACUGGUGUAACUGGGAUAACUGUCCUGGGAAUAUGACUGGUGUAACUGGGAUAACUGUCCUGGGAAUAUGACUGGUGUAUCUGGGAUAACUGUCCUGGGAAUAUGACUGGUAUAACUGGGAUAACUGUCCUGGGAAUAUGACUGGUGUAACUGGGAAUAACUGUCCUGGGAAUAUGACUGGGGUAACUGGGGAUAACUGUCCUGGGAAUAUGACUGGUGUAACUGGGAUAACUGUCCUGGGAAUAUGACUGGUGUAACUGGGGAUAACUGUCCUGGGAAUAUGACUGGUGUAACUGGGAUAACUGUCCUGGGAAUAUGACUGGUGUAACUGGGAUAACUGUCCUGGGAAUAUGACUGGUGUAACUGGGAAUAACUGUCCUGGGAAUAUGACUGGUGUAACUGGGAUAACUGUCCUGGGAAUAUGACUGGUGUAACUGGGAAUAACUGUCCUGGGAAUAUGACUGGUGUAACUGGGAAUAACUGUCCUGGGAAUAUGACUGGUGUAACUGGGAUAACUGUCCUGGGAAUAUGACUGGUGUAACUGGGGAUAACUGUCCUGGGAAUAUGACUGGUGUAACUGGGGAUAACUGUCCUGGGAAUAUGACUGGUGUAACUGGGGAUAACUGUCCUGGGAAUAUGACUGGUGUAACUGGGGAUAACUGUCCUGGGAAUAUGACUGGUGUAACUGGGGAUAACUGUCCUGGGAAUAUGACUGGUGUAACUGGGAUAACUGUCCUGGGAAUAUGACUGGUGUAACUGGGGAUAACUGUCCUGGGAAUAUGACUGGUGUAACUGGGGAUAACUGUCCUGGGAAUAUGACUGGUGUAACUGGGGAUAACUCUCCUGGGAAUAUGACUGGUGUAACUGGGAAUAUGACUGGUGUAACUGGGGAUAACUGUCCUGGGAAUAUGACUGGUGUAACUGGGAUAACUGUCCUGGGAAUAUGACUGGUGUAACUGGGGAUAACUGUCCUGGGAAUAUGACUGGUGUAACUGGGGAUAACUGUCCUGGGUAUAUGACUGGUGUAACUGGGUAUAACUGUCCUGGGAAUAUGACUGGUGUAACUGGGGAUAACUGUCCUGGGAAUAUGACUGGUGUAACUGGGAUAACUGUCCUGGGAAUAUGACUGGUGUAACUGGGAAUAUGACUGGUGUAACUGGGGAUAACUGUCCUGGGAAUAUGACUGGUGUAACUGGGGAUAACUGUCCUGGGAAUAUGACUGGUGUAACUGGGGAUAACUGUCCUGGGAAUAUGACUGGGGUAACUGGGGAUAACUGUCCUGGGAAUAUGACUGGUGUAACUGGGGAUAACUGUCCUGGGAAUAUGACUGGUGUAACUGGGAUAACUGUCCUGGGAAUAUGACUGGUGUAACUGGGAUAACUGUCCUGUGAAUAUGACUGGUGUAACUGGGAUAACUGUCCUGGGAAUAUGACUGGUGUAACUGGGGAUAACUGUCCUGGGAAUAUGACUGGUGUAACUGGGAUAACUGUCCUGGGAAUAUGACUGGUGUAACUGGGAAUAACUGUCCUGGGAAUAUGACUGGUGUAACUGGGAAUAUGACUGGUGUAACUGGGAUAACUGUCCUGGGAAUAUGACUGGUGUAACUGGGGAUAACUGUCCUGGGAAUAUGACUGGUGUAACUGGGAUAACUGUCCUGGGAAUAUGACUGGUGUAACUGGGAAUAACAUGAGUAAAGGGGGAUAGAACAUAUGGAUAGUGAAGAACUGAAAGGAGAAGCUCGGUGUAGGGGGAAUGCGCCCUUAGACACUGAUCUCUGGUCAGUUUAGCAUUUUCCUUGCUAAUUGUUAAUGUUAGAUUUGGUGAAGGGGAAGCUGAUCUUAGAUCUGGUGCGAGAAGCUCAGGACACAGAGACAUGUCAUUACUACUACAGUAUCUUUCAAUGUUCUGUCUUCACCUGGAUCCAACCAAUCCAAACACUGGAGUAGUUACACACUGGAGCGCAGAUAGAACUAGAAAACAUAGAGGGAAAAGUAGAGGGAGCGCAUAGAGAGCAUUUAAAUAGAACUGUUCUAGUUGUCCUAUAUCUAUUACAGAGGAAAAACAGGUAUAGAACUGGAAAACAGAGUGAAAACAUAGAAGGAGAGCAAAAAGAGCAUAGAUGUUGAACAGGUCUAGUUGUUCUCUUUUUGAUAGAGAGAAGCAGAUAUAGAACUGUAAAACCUAGAUUGAAGGACAGUAUUUUUGCACUGGGAGAGCAGAGAAAGGAACAUAUGCCAAACGUCACCAUAGUCACCAUACCAGGAGGCCAUAGACUACUCAGAUGACAGACACUCAACACUGGCUCUAUACCUGACGUUAGAUAGAUGUAUGUUUCAACUUUUUCAACGUAGCCUGGAAUGUGUGGCGGAUAUAUUUCAAGGGAAUUGUUGCUCAGUAGUUCCUCAACGUAGCAUGGGGAGUUGUGUGUUUCAGCUGUAGGGAAGUCUGUUAUCUUUGUCUUGCCAAACACGGAAGCAACAAUGUAGCGUUGUUGACUGACUCAACAGUCAAACACCCAGGUUACAAUAAGGAACUGGAGAUUGUACUGUAUGUCAGGAGAAUUCAACUCUUACCCUACGAGGUCCGGAGCCUGCUGCUUUUCUGUUGUCCCUGAUAAUGAAUUGCACCCACCCCAGGUAUAAGUCAGUCCCUGAUUAGUGGGGAGCAAUGAAAAAAAGCAGGUUGAACUGGCUUUGAGGGUCCGGAUUUGAAUUUGAGGGCUGUAGGUCAUUCAUUGUGCCAUAGUGGUUAUGUCUCUCUCUUCCCCAUCCUGAGACGAGAGCAGGGCUGUCAGCAUCCGUUCCGUGGAGGGCUGUAGGUCUUCUGGUUUUUCUUAUUUUCCCUUUCAUUUGUGUCCAAUUAAGAACUAGACAACCAGCUAAAGGGAAUUUCCUUACUAAUCAGUGACCUUAAUGAAUCAAUCAAGUACAAGGGAGAAGUGAAAACCCGCAGCCACUCGGCCCUCCAGGAACUGAGUUUGUCCCCCCCGGACGACCCCGGGUAUCAGGCUAGAAAUAAAACCAGCUAAGCCAGUAUUUCUCAAUCCUGGUCCUGGGGACCCAAAACAGUGGACACUUUUGUUUUUGCCCUAGCACUCUAGAACCAGGAUUUGAGAAGUGAUGAGCUAAGGGAGUGGAGACAGCCAUCACUGGGGGAGAAAUAGAAUUUGGGAUGCUUUGAAAAACAAUGUCAAACUUUUUGGAACGGCUCUGAGAGAGAAAUGUUCUCCAACACUGUAUCUACUGUACGUGAAAUUAACAUGGUGUUUUUUAUUUCUUAACUUAUUUCAAAUGGAGGAUGUGUCAUUCUCUGGUUCCUAAGUGUAAUUAUUGUUGCUGAUGAUAAUUAUUGUUGUUGUACAUUGUUAUUGUUAAUGAAUGCUAUUUUUAAUAUAAACAUAAAGGCCAGAAUUAUAUUAAUAUAA